AUGAGUACAUUAAACCAUGAAUCAGUGGAAUGGGUUUUCAUAUUAUCUCAAGUCUUUGGUGGAUGUUGUUUCAAUGUUUUCAUAUUAGAAAACAUCUUGUCUAAUAACUUUUCCACUCAUUCAUUGGCGACGAUUAUUACGUUUUGCCAAUUCCUAUUCGUAGCUAUAGUGUCCUACUAUCCAAACACAGAUUUCCGAGGAUCCAGCUGGAGAAGGCUAUAUUUGAGGAAGCCGCAAAUACCCAUUCGAGAGUGGGUAUUAAUGGUUGUUAUGUUUAUAACUGUAUCAUUGUUGAACAAUUUGAUUUGGAAGUUCAAGAUUGGAAUCCCAUUCCAUAUUGUAUUUAGGUCCAGUGGCACGGUCAUCACAAUGGUAAUUGGUUAUUUGUUUGCCCAAAAAAGGUAUUCUAAACAACAAGUGUUUGCCUCUAUAAUCAUAUCACUAGGGACUAUUUUGACGACCAUGGACUCCUCUCCAAAGUCACCGAAUAGGGAGACAUCUGGGUUUGGGGACUCAAAGUUUUUCAUUGGGGUGUCUCUCUUGUUUCUUGCAUCAAUUAUAUCUGCAUUUAUGGGUCUUUAUAACGAAACUCUUUUUAAAAAGUAUGGUAAUCAAUGGCAAGAGAGCUUAUUUUAUACCCAUUUCUUAUCCUUGCCGUUAUUCUUACUGGUGAUACCGUUAUUGAGAGAUGAAUUUCUCGUUUUAUGGGAUGCUCCCGAGAAGUACGUGUUCACCAAUAAUAUUAUUGUUUCUAAACAAUUUUGCAGUCUUUUAAUUAACAUGGUAUCCCAAUACGCAUGUACAAAAGGAGUCAACAUGCUAUCUGGUAGAACAUCAGCGUUAUCGGUCACUGUUGUUUUAUUGGUACGGAAAUUCGUAAGUUUACUAAUUAGUAUUACAUGGUAUGGGAAUGAACUCUCCACUACAUCUAAAUUAGGCGCCUCUCUUGUUUUCCUUGGAGCACUUCAAUACGGAAUUGCCAGUAGUGGACUUAAAAAUAGAAUUGUUAGAAAUAGAAAUGAAAAAGCAGAAUAA